CCACUCCCCCCUCCCUCCAGAGCUGGUGGACGGAGGUUGCCCGGGCCGGUCCCGGCAGCGGCCCGGAGCGGGCGGGCAUGGGGGGCUGCCUCUCCUCGCAGGCAGCUGAUGACCUGUCGCUACUCAACGAUUCUACCGGCGAUGGGGCGAGUCUUGGGCCUGGAGACACACACCCACCACCCCUCCCUGCCCCGCCGCCCCGCUACCAGGAUCACACUCCAAUUCCAGUGUAUCAUCCAACGCCUAGCCAGGCACGUCCUGCCACACAACUAACAGAAGAAGAGCAAAUCCGGAUAGCUCAAAGGAUUGGACUAAUUCAGCACCUUCCUAAAGGAAUAUUUGAUCCGGGCUCAGAGCCAUCAGAAAAGAAAAUCAAAGAGUGUGUUAUCUGUAUGCUGGAUUUUGUAUAUGGAGAUCCCAUCCGAUUCUUGCCUUGUCUACACAUCUACCAUGUAAACUGCAUUGACGACUGGCUGAUGCGAUCAUUCACGUGUCCUUCUUGCAUGGAGCCAGUUGAUGCUGCUCUUCUGUCCUCCUAUGAGACUAACUGAGCCAUGGCCCCCCGUGAAGCACACAGUGAAAGACCACAAGAAAUAGUUACUUGCUUGUCUUGAAGCCAUGUAGGCUCUCUUCUCAUCUUUUCAAACCACACUGCUAUUGCUUAUGCGGUUUAUGCUUUCAGAGAAGUAACAGUGCUUUGAAAGGGCAAAUCCCAUUAGAUGUGAGCACUCAGUGGACUCUUCAUCUGCUCAGAGUGAGAAGAGGUAAGGUUUUCCUUGCCCGUGAUACCAUUUCUGUGAUUGAAGUCAAUAGGAUCCAUAUUUUCAAGUGCAUUUCUUUGUCUGAAUGCACUUGCCCUAUGCUAUCUCAUCCCUUGGUACCCCCUGUAUCCUCAUUCUCAAGUUCACCACACGCACACAAAGUGGCGGAAGUAAAGAUGGAGCACAUUACUUAUUAGUAUACUCUAGCCAGCAUGUCCUAUUGUUAUCUUAACGUCUCAUCACUGUUUAGAGAUAUGGGAAAUAUUAAGAAUGCUUCGCACAGAUGACCCAAAUCUGUAUCUAGAAAACCGUAACGUUGAAGAAAUAGGAAAACAACAAAUAGCAUAUCUUUCAGGCCUAGCAGAGUCUGCUAUACAGUGUGGUGCCAAACAUUUCACUUGAUCCAAAACAGAAGUGUAUUUUGGUAAGCCACCUAGAGUCAUUGGAGUAGUCAAUAUAUAAGUACCUUAAAGAGUGGCAUAGACAUGGGGUCACUAUCUCCAGUGGUGCACAGGAGGAUAGUUUAAGCCAUUUUCUUUACUGAUUUGGAAAAUCAAAAGGAAAAGGGGGGGACAAAAAACAGAGUAACAGGAAGAUGGGAAUCUGCUAUAACGGACUAUUACUUAAGGAGAAGUGGUACCAACGAAGACUUCUGUUUUAAACCCCAAAGAAUCACUUGGCAAGAUAACCGCUCCAUUAAACUCAUAUAAAAUCCAUUUAGAACAGAAUGUCAGCACCUUCAAUUAUACGUAGUAUGAUUAUGCCUAGUAGCAUAACCCCAAAUUUUAACAUUGAUACGAAAAUACCUUGAGCAAGUGGAGAUGAAGUUACUUCUGAAUAGCAGCAACCAUCAUUUAGUAAAAGAUCACGAUUAUUUCAAAAUACCGAAGUAUAUGCAGUAGUCACAGAACUUCUGGAAAAUAUGAGCAGUUUACAAGCAACAGCUUAUGUACUGUGAAAGGAACUUCGUUUUCAUGCUCCACUUACUAUGGGUGUUGACCUGUUUUUUUAACUGCUAUCUUUUUCAAAAGCAUGGUAAACGUAACUCAGAAAGGGGCAAA